AGUGACAGCAGCAGUGACAGCGAGGAUGAGGCUGGUCCCUCUCAUGAUUUGCCAGCUACCAGUGCAGACAUGAGAAACUUAAGCAUUAUCCGAUCAAUUCCAUUUGUGGUGCCAUUCAUGCAAAGAGUCAAGGUUGUAAUCAUCUAUCUUGGUUGUAGCAGUGAUAGCAGCAGUGACAGCGAGGAUGAGGCUGGUCCCUCUCAUGAUUUGCCAGCUACCAGUGCAGACAUGAGGAACUUAAGCAUUAUCCGAUCAAUUCCAUUUGUGGUGCCAUUCAUGCAAAGAGUCAAGAUUUUUCAAGAUCUUCUAGCUCAUGAUCGAGAAGCAAACGAUAUUGUGGACGACUUUCACAGUUUUGCAGGUCUGGGAUCACGUCGUAAUGGUAUUAGUAUAGCUGUACGUCGACAGCACCUUUACGAAGAUGCUUUUGAGGCAUUAUCGCUUGGCAACGGUAUACCAAUCUGUUUAUUAGAGUUCCUAACUGAGUUACUUCGGACUGGUUUCGACCCGGAUAGAGGAUUCUUUAAGUAUACACAUGAUAGGUUAUUGUAUCCAAAUCCAUCAUCUGUGCAGCUGUACCCGGAUUCGUAUUCUCAACACUUCUUCUUUUUGGGACGAGUUGUUGCGAAGUUGAUUUACGAGAAACAGAUGGCAGAAAUACGAUUUGCUGAGUUUUUUGUUGCCCAGCUGUUAGGAAAACGGCAUACGGAUGUCGAUCUACAUUAUAUGAAAUCGUAUGAUCCAGCUAUUUAUAAGCAUCUGAAGAAUUUGCGAAGUUUGUCAGCUGAUGAACUAGCUGCUUUGGAACUCGAUUUUAGUGUUAUUGUGGAUGAUGUGGGAGACGUUCAGACGAUAGAUCUCGUGCCGGGUGGCCGAAACAUCCGUGUGACUGUCGAAAAUCGACUAGACUAUAUCCGAUCAUAUGUGAACUUGUUCCUCUACAAGCGGAUUGAACCUUUGGUGGAUGCAAUGCGCGCUGGAGUGUCUACGGUGAUAGACCCUGGCUGGCUGGCAAUGUUUUCUCCAUCUGAAUUGCAAACACUUGUGAGCGGAGCAGACGCGGAUCUGGAUGUAGAUGACAUGAUGAAACAUACUGCUGUUCAUAAUAUACGAGAUGAGGCAGACCGUGAUUACAUGAAUCUCUUCUGGAGCGUAGUAUCGGAAAUGUCUCCUGAAGAUAAGAGAGGAUUGCUGAAGUAA